UACCCAAGUUAUUAUAACACAUUGUCGUUUAAACAUCGCAGCGAGCAUACACUUGAGCACGGCCUGAACAAUAUUUGUUAGCAAGCCAAAUAGUAAGCCAGUAUUCCCCUCUGUAAACAGUCGAAUUCAAGAGCUCAAGCCAAAGAGUACUCGAGCGCAUUGUAGAAACACAAAUUAUCAUUAUUACUAUUCAUUCUUAUUAUUAUUAUGAUUAUAUAGUAAUUGUAAUUACAUAUGAUUAUAUUGUUCCAUUAAACACAGUUCGGUCUUAUUAAAAGAAACAACAAACCAACCGUCUUAUUAGUGUUUUAUUUCAAUAAAUACAAAAAUAACAAUAAAUAAAUAAAUACAUAUACAUAUUUUUUAUUAUUUAUGUAUAUUAAAAAUUAUUUAAACAAAUAGUGAAAAUAUAGAAAGAAUAAGAAAACAAAACAACAACCGACGAAACAAAAAACAAAUCUCGGUAGAAGCAAACAAAAAAGUGAAAAUUAAAUAAAGAAAGUGCAAAACAAACCAAAAAAAACUAAUUUACAAAAAUAAAUAAAAUCAAGUGCAAGAGAUUAAAGUAAAAAAAUACAACAUUACCGAAUCAAUAAAAAAUAAUUUGAAGAAACAAUGAAACUUGCAGCAAUCAAGCCAAUAUUAUAAAAACUUUAAGAAAAUAAAAUUAAAAAAUAAAUUACAGAUUAAAAAAAAAUAUAUAUAUAAAAAAUUAAGAAAAUAAAUACAUUUCUGACAAAUCCACUCUUGGAAUUUCCAGCCGAGUGGAACAAUACGUUUAUUUUUUCUUAUUAUUUUGAUUUCAAUAGACUUUUUUCGGUAUAACGCGUUUUAAAAAAUAGUCACCAUAACGGCUCAACUUUUAAAUAGUUUCCUUAAGGGAUCGCCCCAUCAGACGACGAUCGAUAUAAUGCAAAAGUUAUAUUCGGAGACGCCGACUAGCGGACCCGUAAGCAUGACUAGCCAGUCGUCGGGUUCUGGUGCGGCUGGAGGUGGCGGUGGAGGAAACAAUACAGGAGGUGGUGGCAACAAUUCAUCGAACAACACAAAUGUUCAAAAUACCAACAGUAAUAUUGCCAAUGGAACUAAUGGUGGUAAUAUGAGUCCGUUAGCACGAGCUCCAUACAGUAUGAACACCAUGAGUAUGCCGGUCGGCGGAGGUAUGUCGUCAGUAUCGCCACAGACUGCAGCGACAUUUGGCUCCAGUGUUUUAGAUUCUGCCGCUGCAGUAGCAAGCAUGGGUGGCUCCAUGGGUGCAGCAGCGGCUAUGAAUUCCAUGGCUCAGAACUGCAUGACACCAAGCAGCAUGAGUUAUGCCUCUAUGGGAUCCCCUCUUGGGCAAAUGGGCAACUGUAUGGGUGGUGGAAUGUCCACCAUGGCAGCGAUGGGAGGAUAUUCGUCGAUGGCAGCUGCAGCGAGUGCUCGAGAAUUAGACGCAGGUUCUCCGAAUUCCCUCAACCGAUCUCGAGUAGAAAAGCCAACUACUUACCGGCGGAGUUAUACCCAUGCAAAACCACCAUAUUCAUACAUUUCUCUCAUUACCAUGGCCAUACAAAACAAUCCCACACGCAUGCUUACGCUGUCCGAAAUCUACCAGUUUAUUAUGGACCUGUUUCCUUUCUACAGACAAAACCAGCAGAGGUGGCAAAACUCCAUCAGACAUUCGUUGUCUUUUAACGACUGCUUCGUUAAGAUUCCCCGCACUCCAGAUAAGCCUGGAAAGGGUUCUUUCUGGACCCUGCACCCAGAUUCUGGAAAUAUGUUCGAAAAUGGUUGUUACCUAAGGCGGCAAAAACGUUUCAAGGACGAGAAGAAGGAAGCCAUAAGACAACUUCAUAAAUCCCCUUCACACAGCAGUUUAGAAGCCACAUCACCAGGGAAAAAAGACCACGAUGAUUCUCAUCAUAUGCACCAUCAUCAUCACCACAGUAGACUUGAUCAUCAUCAGUCGCACCAUCACCAUAAAGAUGGGGGAUUAGGCGGGGCUUUGGGAUCGGCUCACAGUAAAGAUGCAGAAGCUUUAGCCAUGCUACAUGCAAAUGCAGAAUUAGCAUGUUUGGGACAGCAGGCACAGCACGCACCAGCUCAUCAUCAGCACCAUCACCAGCUUCAGCAAGAAGAACUUUCCAGCAUUACAAGCAUGGUCAAUAGAUGUCAUCCAUCAUUGAUUAGUGAUUAUCAUUCUUCAAUGCACCAUUUAAAGCAGGAGCCCUCUGGCUAUGCACCUCCCAGCCAUCCCUUCUCCAUUAAUCGUCUGUUACCCACUGAAUCGAAGGCUGAUAUUAAGAUGUACGACAUGAGUCAGUACGCUGGCUACAAUGCUCUAAGUCCUCUCACCAAUUCACAUGCUGCCUUGGGUCAAGAAUCGUACUACCAAAGUUUGGGUUACCAUGCACCAGCCGGUACGACCAGUUUGUGACAUCAUCAGUACCCAUUGGCUUAAGGAAGAGCGGAACAGAUGCUGCGUAAUAACAACUCAAGCGCAAAUCCAAGUGCAAACACGACUUUAAGCUCAAGCUCAUGCACUACAAACAGCAGCAUCUUUUCUGGUGCCAAUCACCACUUGCAACAAAAUCAAAAUGAAGCAACAUCACCAGCAACAUCGACAUCACUCCAGCCCCAGCCACAUCAUCAGCAGCAUUUACAGAAUACCCAACAAUCAACAGCAGCCUCCUCCUCAGCGGCGGUUAACUUUUACAACCAAAAACUCAAAGCGGCGGCAUAUUUAAACAGCAAAAUGGUCGCUGCUCAUCACCACCAUCAUCACCAAAACUUGCUGCAAAGCCAAUUGACCCCAAGUGAUUUACAAGAGGAUUCGUCCAAUAUUACAAGCGAUCUUAAUGAUGACCAUCUGCAACAAGUCCACCAACAGCAGCAACUCUACAACAACUACCAACAGUAUGCUGCAGCUGCCUCUUCCUAUCGCAAUUGGAACCAUACGUUGAGUUUAAAUGGUGCGGCGGCAUUACAAAAUCUACUAUAGCAGUAACCGACGAACAGACAUCCCAAAUUGACCACGUCGGUUUUUCUCCACCUAAUUACGUUCAAACAUGGAAUUGUUGUCCAAUAUUUAUGUCAAAACAAUAUCUUUUAUCAAAUGACUUCAUAGAAAGAAGAACGCACACAAAGUUUUAUCGACCUUUCACCGUCAUUAUCAACAAAGCCGCACCAACAGACGCUUUAAUUAACGACUCAAAAAGGUACAUCAGUCUUGUAACUCCAUUUAUUGGCGGCAUAUUCCCUUAAUGAAAAUCUGUCGGAUGUGGUCCCACAUACGCUGAAGCCUUUUAGCAUUUGUUGGCACCUUCAUGCUUGAAAAUUAUCAUAAAUAAUCUCAAAGAGCUAAAUACAUUUAAAAACUAAAAAA